AUGUGAGAAUGAGUGCAUCACAUGACUGCAGCACAUCCACCUCACCGCCCCCGCCGCUCCGCUCCAUACACUCAAUGUAAACACCGUUAGCGCUCCUGCUUUGUCUUUGAGCCUGUGGCUGGAGCUCCCGACUCGCCAUGCCAUGGAUAUUUUAUGGCAAUACCAGUUCAGGAUCAUUUUGCUGGGGGACUCGACGGUGGGCAAAUCAUCUUUGCUCAAGAGGUUUACGGAUGGCAUAUACAGCGAUGUAGCGGAUCCUACGGUCGGUGUGGAUUUCUACGCCCGUUCACUAGACAUCGAACCCGGGGUUAAAAUUAAACUACAGCUAUGGGAUACAGCCGGACAAGAGAGAUUCAGGUCCAUCACCACUUCCUACUAUCGCAACUCUGUUGGCGGGCUCUUAGUCUUUGACCUGACGAACAGGAAGACCUUCGAUCACGUGCGGGAAUGGCACCGAGAAGUCAGCGAGCAUAUCCUGCCUCAUCACAUGGUCUACAUCCUGAUCGGCCACAAGAGUGACCUGAGCCGCGACCGCAAGGUGACACGGGACGAAGCGGAGCAGCUGGCGGCCGAACUCGGCAUUCGCUACGUGGAAACUUCAGCCAAGUGCAACAGCAAUGUGGAACGUGCUUUCGAGCUGCUCACACGGGACAUCUAUGAGCUGAUGAAGAUGGGUGAGAUCUCCACGCGUGACGGCUGGGAUGGGGUCAAGAGUGGCCUCACCGCUAAAGUUCUUUAUCCAGCCGAGGAGGAGGCGGAGCGAGAAAAGAGCUGCAACUGCUGACUUCCACAAUCCACCUGUAAUUGCUCACCUGUAUAUCAGUCGGUUGUUGCUCACCUCGGCUUUCACUAAUGUGUCGCAUCAUGGUCACUGCCUCAGGGCCUGGACCGCUGCACUUACCUUGUUGUUGCUGUCUGAGGUUGAUGGUACAAACCACUCAAAAGUGUUUAGUAUUUAGGCUUGCAUGGACAGGUCCUGCUUCAUAUUGUUGGAAUUCACCCCAUGUUUUGAAGUUUGCAGCAAUCUUGUGGAUAACAUGUGGAUAAACAUUUUUACAUUCUAGUUUAAGCUGUAUGUCUCAUUGUACUUCACAUCGUCUGGAGAUAUUAAGGUUUAUUUGGCUUGUUCCUUUCCCUUUAACCAUUAUUACUGUGGUACCAUUACUAUUUAGAAAAACAUCUAGUGAUUACAACGUACAAUGUCCGUUCACUUACAGAUUUAAAGACCCCAUAAAAUGGCUUGACAACAUGGUUUUCUUUCCCGUGUUGACACAUUUCUUAUUAAAGCAGGUAGUUGGAGCUGGACAAUAGCUUGUCCUUAAAAAUACCCAUUAGCUUUUAGCUUAUGUUAGUGCUGUGAACCAUAAUUUGCUAUUGCUAGUCAGUUGGCAGGUGGUAUUAGGAAAAGGAUAUUUGAGAGCAUUUGACUGGACAUCAAAAUGUUUGAUCCAGUAGCAGUAAAACAUUUUCCCCAGUAUAUUUUUGUCUUUUAAAUGUUUUUAGGAGUGCACAUAGCAUAUAGAUGCCUUUAAAGCGAGAGACUUGGACUGAAAGCCACAAAACUCCCAUUUUGGUUUUCUGGAUUCUUCGGUUAAGACUAAUUUGAGACAAUGAGGACAGUUGUUGGCUGGUAGACAUCAUUUCUGGGUAAAGAGGCCUGACUAAACCUCCUUUUUAACUGAUUGCUGGAUUUGCAAAUGUAAUUUUAGACAAUUUUGUCUGAUUUAGACAAUUGUGAUCCAUUUUUGUACUACUUUGUUUGUUACAGCCCAACUUCUGCAGACAUUAUUAUGUGCACAAAGCCAAAAUACUUUACUGUAAUAGUUCAGGAAAUAAUUGCCAAUGCAACAUAUUUUAAAUUGUUCAUGGAUAAAUACAUAAUAUUUUGUCAAAUCUGUAGUAUUUAUUCUCUAAAAGCAUAUAAUGUAAUCACGAUCUGCCCAUCUAGACAGCAUUGUAGUGCAUCAUAGAUAAAUUCCUGACACAAAGACUUCCAAAAAAUAGACGGCAAAUAUUAUUGCUGCUUCUAAGACACCGUGUUUUGGCAGCAUCACAUGUAUCAUCCAAGAUUAAGUCAAAAGAAAUGUUGAUAAUGAAUAUCUCAUUGAGUACUAAAAAAAUAUCAAUCUAAUUAAAUGGACUAUUCUACCCAAAAUGUGUGUGUGCUAUGUAUGUUUGUGUUUUUUACUAUCCAAUAUCAUUAGCUCAGCAACACGCUAACAAGUGUACAAAUUGCUACUGAUGUAUAGCAUUUUAUAACAGUCACUUAUAAGGUUCCAUUUGUUAGCAUGUUGCCUUAAUCCUAAAGUAUAAACUUUACAACACGAAUAGCGUAUGCAGAAACACAUAACCUUUCAAAGUAUACUUCAUAUGUAGCGUGAUAGCGCGAACACAGGCACUUGACAAAUGCAAACUAAAACAUUUCAUCCUUGUUCAGUGUCUGCGUGAUUUCUCUCCAGAAGUUAUGAGCGAUAAAAAUGUCUUUGUACUCAAAUUUAUAGUUUGUACUAGAAUUGUGGGUGUCUAUCCCCCAGAUUUAUACAGUGAAAUGUAAUUGAGUUGGUCCAACUUAAUUUGAUCAAAUACAGCUUAAAUGAAAUGGAUAUAUUUAUAAAGGAUUUUUAUGCUUGCCCAACUCAGACUAAAACAUUUAAAAAAAAAAAUUAUUAGGUAGAAAUGCUUCCAAUGUUGUUCCCCAUAUGUAGAGACAAAAGACAAAACUUGAGGUGUUUUUAUUUAAAAGUCAGGUAUAAACAGUUAUUUACUGUAAAACAACCUAAAAGAUUAGAAAAACAGAAAAUAUCCAUAGCUGUCAAAACAUUCAAUAUGAUAAAUAAACAGUUUGUUAAUGAGUUAUUGUAUUUAGAACUUUGAAAUUUUAUGUUUACAUUUAUUCAUUUAGCAGAUGCUUACAAAUAAGGAAUACAACAAGUGAUCAAUCUUAAGGAGUCAAACACAAGAAAUGCUAAGAAUACAAAGAUUCAAACAUUGUUCAAGCUACAACAGAGAGGGAUUUAAUAGUGAAAGCAUAGAAGAGAUUUUUUUAAGAGUCAGCAGGAUGCCAUUAAGUGCUCAUGGAAGAGAUGAGUUCUCAGCCGCCCGGAUAUAGGGUUAGGAAGAUUGUGGUAAGUCCAGCCAGGAGAGCGUUGCAAUAGUCCAGUCUGGAAAUGAUAAGAGCCUAGGCAAGAAGUUUUGUUGCAUGCUCCGUUAUGAAUGGCCUGAUCUUUCUGGUGUUGUGCAGUGCAAACUUGGAUGAUCUUUGCAAUGUGGUCUCUUGAAUGUUAGCUGGUCAUCAAAGAUUACCAAAAGAUUUUUUGGCGGAUCAGGAUGGAGUUAUUGUUGAUGAGCCUAGCUGGAUGGUGAAAUUAUACAAAAUCAUCAGAGCGGCUGAGAAGACGAGAAGUACUGUCUUUGCUAGAUUGAGUUGCAGGUGAUGUUCUUUCAUACAUGCUGAGAUGUCCGCCGGGCACUCCAAAAAAAGAAAUGAAAAGUAAAGCUGUGUGUUAUCAGCAUAGCAAUGGUAGGAGAAUACAUGUAUAGUAGGUCCCAGUAAUGUAUAUGAAUAUAUGGAAAAGAGGAGGGGUCCUAGCAUUUACCCUUCAGGUACCCCAUGACUAGUUGAUGUGCUUUGGAUUCCUCUCCUCCCCAGGCAACUUUGAAAGGCCUAUCUGUGAGGGAAGAUUCGAAUCAGCAAAGUGCAGUUCCUAUGAUGCCCAGUGAUGAAAGGGUAUACAAAAGGAUUUGAUGGCUAACGAUGGCAAUCCAAUUGUGCCAGCCUGUGGAAAGUCUAUCAAUAAAUAACACAGUAAUUUAUAUAUAACAAAGUAUUAAUAGAUACCAUAUUUAACAAAUGGCAAAUCAGAUUAUUUGAGCAAAUAUGACUUACUAUCACUAGAAGGUUGUCACAUUGAUAUUCAAUGAUUCCACAAUGAUGUUUAUCAAGCUGUAAAAGAGAAGAUUUAAAGUACAUGAAUACCAAAGUCCCUUUAAGACAAGUCAUUUCACUCAGCGGCCAUCUUUGAAACACCCCUCGGGCAUAGUGCAGCUCCUAUCUCUUUGAAUAGGGAAACAUCAAAUUCUCCAAAGCUGUUUGCCAAGCUUUCGAUUAAAUUUCAUAUUUGAAAUCACCAAUGAAAUCUGACAACAACUGCCUCAUAAAUUUUGUUUCUAAACGCUCGAAUCAUGACAAAAAACAACAAAACCCCCCCCGGUAUUUUUCAGGCUGGAUCAAGCUAAUGCGCAUGCGCAGUCCUAAAUGCGCGUCUCUUGUGCCUCAUUUCGGAGGCAAGCGUCUGACUGUUUCUAACGGCCGCUGCAGUGAUGCGAUGACUUUACCAAUCGGCGAUUGGCUCUUAUUUAGAAGGCGGGACUUAUUCCGACAUAUUGCUUGUUGUACUUUCUCCUAUUCAAAAUAAUGCGAGUGACGCAUCUUGUGAAAUCAGAUGCCUUUGUUUACAUUUUUAUAGUUAUGGUUCUUGGUGUCAAUGGGCCUUUACACUGUAUGAGGGACCCAAGUCAUAUCUUCAGACCAGAAUAUCAUACAGACUUGCAGGUGGGCAUACUUUAAAAUAACUGUAUAGCAAUGCCUUGGCAUCCACCAACAAGCACCACUAAAAUUCUAGUUUUGUCUACUUGUAUGGAGGUUGAAUUCACCAACACCAGGAUCGUGUCUCAGGCACUGACUGUACAAUAGUCUCUGAGUAACGAAGACCAUGUGCUACUUCAUAUCAGUGCAGAGGUACAGAUAUAAGACCAUCAUUUCAGACACUCUUUAUUUUACCAGCAUGUCAGCAAGACUUCAGUUAUGCCUGCUGUAAAGAGAUUUUGCAUGCAGCAUAGCUGAGCGUCUUAGCUCCAUCAUGUGCCGAUGGCUUUACUGGGUGUGUUUGUACGUACAUUUCUGUAUGGCUAAAUGUAUUGUAAAUAGCAGCAAGGCGCAAUGUACUUAAAUGUCAGGUGAGGCUUUGAUGGAAGCUAAAAGAUUUGUGGCUUAACCGCAGGUCAACGUAACAUCUCCUUUCAUACCACACAUACUCUAUAGAGUAAUUAUGAAAGCUUCAUAAAAGAGUAAGGGAAAGUCUUCUUUGGGUCAGCAGAACAUCAAAAUAGUACUGAACACACCUUUUGAUUUUACAGAUCAAGUAUGAAAUUCUCCCAAACAUGAUCUUCAAUGUAAUAUGUUGGUAUUUAAACAUAGUUGAUCAUAUCCAUUCUGCAGACCUCCCCUCAAAUGCACAGAAAAAUAGGAAGAAAAAAUGUCAGAUUUGGUUCCUUUUGAACCACAUGCUGUAGGACAAUCAUGUUUCUGUGCUCAUUUAUAGUGAAAUGAGUAAAUAACUAAAUCCAUUAAAAGUUGUAAUUGCAAUAUUGACACAUUCAAGGGUUUCUUUUCUCAUCCAACAUUAGAACUUAUGAGACACUGGGUUUAUUUUGUUCUUUUCUUAAUAAAGUGUAAUAAUACAUGCUGUAACAAUUGCUUUUCUUGAGACAUUGCAGUGGCUGAUUGUAUGUUUAUUGGAAUGGGAAAUCAGAUUGGAUUUUGAAGCACCAAGAACACAAAGAAAAGGACUGUGGACAAAUUACUGACCAAUCUUCUAAAUGUGAACAAUUUUAAACAAGUUGGGAGCUGUGGAGUUUACAUGGAUGGAAAAUGAUGGUGAUGAGAGAUAUAUGUUAAUAUGCUGAGAAUAAGGUUAAGGUUAAAUUUACCAACACAAUUCACACAUGAAAAUAGCCAAAUGCAGCGUGAAAAGCCUUGUGGAAUCACUUUCUGAACAUGAUAUUUCAAAUUACGAUGAAUUGAGUAAAUUAGGUUCUACAUUAGUAAUAUUUAAAGGAGUGUGUAUGUAUACAUAUAUAAAUAUUCAAAAAAAUUGACUCAAUGGACCGAAAUAUGUGACCACACUGCUGUUGUGUUGUGGCCACUGAAUGGUUUUGCACAAUUUGACAACUAGUUUCCAUGGUAACUGCAUUAAUUAAAUAUGUACGCAUGCCAUAUUUAACUGCACAUUGCUCUUCACUUACUAUUUCACAGAUAAAUGCAUUUUUAAUGUAUAUUUACCACAAAUCUUUCAAAAUGGUGGUGCCAAAUACUUUUUACACGCCCCCUUGUGGUCAGCUCUAUGACUACAUUUUUAGAAAAUGGGUUGCAGUGAAAUAAAUCACAAUGGUGUUAAAUAGCUGGUGUAAAUGAAAUAAGAUAACUGUGUAUUAUAGAUAGAGAAUAGGACAUUUUAGUAUAAGAGCAGGACUUUCAUUAGUCACCCACUAUCAGCCACACACUGUUAAUUCUGUACAUAUAAACAUGUCUGUACAUGCCUUUAGGGGCUCAUCAGUGGUGUGGAUGAGCAGAGAAAAAUGUAAAUUUUAAAUGUUACAUCAACUGUAAUGAAUGCUAAAGCCAAUAGUAAUGAUGUACAUCAAGCUCUGGACAUUGUAAACUGUCAAUAUAUUUGCAUUGUGAUUUGGUAAUUAUAUAAGAUUCAUUAUGUUUAAAUAAAAUUAGGAUGAAGUUC